ACUAUAUUUGUCAUUUCUUACUAAGUUUAGUGAAAAUUCACAGCAAUUAGUUAUGUAUUUCUGGAGGUUUCAAUGGUGAGCGCGAUGAAAAGUUUAUUAUUUAUUGUAGCGAUAGCUGCAAUCCUAUUCACUCAGCAAAGUAGAUUCAUGGUCAUGGAGCCACCUGGGAGUCCAGUUUCAUCUCCUAUUAAGUCACCUGCAUCUUCUUUGCGUCCUUCUCCAGUCUCUUCACCAAUAAGAAGCGCACCUUCUUCUCCAAUCAAGAGUGUAACAUCCUCGCCACUAAGGAGUCCUCAACAACGCUCACCUUUUUCGGUAACUCCAUUUGGGUUGAGUCAGUCACCUUUUCAAGAUUCAGAGUCUGGUGACACUAACUUAUUUCAACAACUUCAUGCCAAAAGGCAGAAGCUUGACUCCAUUGAUAAUUCCCAGGCAAAAUGUUCUCACUCAGGAGAGGAAGAAAAUACCCUUCACUGCCGUCAACUAUUUUCAGAAAAUGUUGAAUGUUCUAUGAGCAGUGAGGCUAACGGUGCAAUCAAUGAACAAGAGGAACAAGAGGGGAGCAAUUUGGUUUUCUUUGAGAACAACGGACAAGCGUCACAAGAUAAUGCUGAGGACAACAGUGAGCAGGUGUUUGGUGGUAUGUCUCAAGAAAGGCAAACCAGUUCUAGCACUAGCUGUUACAGUAGCAGCAGUAGUGAGAGCAGUUCGGAAGACUCGUCUAGUGAAAGCAGUGAUGAAGGACAAAAUAGUGAGGCAAGUGAGGCAAGCAGCAGUAACUGUGAAGAUAGCGACAGUUCUCAUGAAAGUGAUCAGGAACAUAAUACUAGUGAUGAAUCUGAUAGUGAUUUUUUUUCACCUCAGAUUCAUGAGGGCUGCAAACUUACAGAAGAUGAAGGUGUGUUACUCUUAAUGGAUAUGUUCACAAAUUGUAAACUGUCCAAAAAGCAGAUGGGAGGAAUUUUGAAAUGUAUUUUAAAAUUUAUACCUGAAGGUAGUAAUUUCCCUAAAACUGAAUAUAGUUUAUUUGAAUAUGUUAAGAAGUUGUGUCCCAUACCAUCUGAGAAAAUUCACUACUAUUGUUCUGUGUGCUAUUAUUAUUUAGGAACUGUGGACAUGAAUUGUACCAUUUGCAGCAGCGAAAGUAACAAGUUUUUCCAGAUUCCCUUGGCUGAACAAAUACAAAAUUUAUUCGAAAACCAUGGGUUGGCCGAUCUAAUAGACAAGUAUCAGGCUGAUCGUGCUAAUUCUGAUGCAAAUGGUGGCUACUCAGAUCUCCUUGAUGGCUCAGAAUUUAAAAGAGUGCAUGUUGAUGGGCAGUAUAAUUUGGAUUUGCUCGGUCAUACUGAUGGGAUAUCAGUAAGCCUUAGUUCUUUUGUGUCAUUGUGGCCUUUGGAGUGGGUAAUUUCUCAAUUACCUCCCUAUUUACGAUUUAAAUUUGUUUUGGUUAAUGGCAUUUGGCUCGAUGAGUCCAAACCUUACAUGAAUACUUUUCUGAAACCUUUUACAAAAGAGCUGCAGGAUUUACGUAUAAAUGGAGUCACAUGGACCCACCCAAGGACCAAAGUUGUGCACAAGUCAUAUAUAUCUGCUCCCUGUUUCUGUGCUGAUGCACCAGCAAGAGCAAUGCUCCAAAACAUUCUCGCUCAUGGAGGUAAACACUGUUGCCAAUUCUGUGAGCAGAAAAUGAAAAAACUCCCAGCACAGCCAGUAGUACUUGGAGAAAAGAAGAAAUCUAGAAGAAGAGUGUUCACCUUCAAGGAAAAUUGUGCAAAAUUACGCACAUCUGAGAGGAUGCAAAAACAAGGUUCAGAAGCAAGAAAUAGGCAACGAGUAACAGCAAGUCAGCAGGUCAAGGCUAUCAAGGGUGUGAGAGGGCCUAGUGAAGUUACACAGUUUCCAGGCUGUGACAGAAGCACAGUGGUAUAUCCUGAGUACAUGCAUCUCCUCAUGUGUGUCUUAAAAGAAUUCAUGAGAUUAUGGUUUGAGGUAGAUGGACCUUGGAGUUUGAAGGCACAUCGUGAUAUGAUGAAUGCAUUUUUGAAGAGUAUAAGCGUACCUGACUUUAUAACAAGAAUCCCUCGCUCUACUGAACACUUCACUAAAUGGAAGGCAAACGAAUUCCGGUCAUUUCUACUCUUUUUCUCCUUAAUAAUUUUAUCUCAGUGCAUGAAAAAAGAGUACUUUCAGCAUUGGACUCUUCUUGUCUCUGCAUUUUAUCUACUUCUUCAAGAUUUUGUUUCUGAAACUGAUGUUGCCAAAGCAAAUCUAUUGUUAAGAAUGUUUUGUAGAUCUUUUCCUGUUCUUUAUAAGCAUGAGUUUUACACAUACUACAUUCACCAGCUAUGUCACCUUGGGCUAACCGUUCAGAGGUAUGGACCUUUACAUACCAAUUCAGCCUUUAUGUUUGAGAGUUUCAAUGGUACUCUUGCUAAAUACAUUCAUGGGACAAAAAAUCAAGGUAAGGAGCUGGUCAACAACAUAAAUAUUGCAUUUGGAGUAGAGAUCUUAAGAACAAGAACUUUUUAUGGUACAUCAGCAACUCAGAAUCACAUUGAUUUUAAAAACCAAAUACAAGGGUUUGAUUUUCGCCCAGAUCUGGAAAUUCUACACUCUUGUGGUAUAGUGCAAGAGCCCUUUAAAGCUUUCUACAGAGCCAUUAGACGACAUGAAAAGUUUACAUGUUCAUUAUAUUCACGACAGAAGAAGAGAAACAAUUACACGGUGUGCUUUCUCACCGGUCCAAAUAAUGAUAAAAAUUAUGGAGCCAUCAAGUAUUUUUGCCAAUCUGCCGACAACAAGCAAGUUGCAAUAGUUGAACGGUUUGAGGUUGAUCACUUGAAUACUUUCUGUCAUGAUGAUUCUGGUGUUGUGAUUGAACACAUUAUUCCUGUUUUACCAACUAAUGUAACACAAGUCAUAGAUUUAAGUGCUAUACUAUUUAAGGUGAUAAGAGUUGCAAACUAUGUCUGCUUAAGACCUAACAAACAUGAGUACAAUCUGUGAUACCAGUUUCAAAAUUAAUGUUUGUUUCAAAUCUCAAAGUGCACUAAUGUGUAAACAUUAUAUAUUCCCAAGUCUUUUGAAUAAAAGUAUGACACUGGUUAAA